AAAUGUGACUUCCAUGUCAGGCUGACGGCGGCGCUAGGACCCAGCGGAGUCCUGGAUGAUGAACAUGCAUCCGCUGGAGUCACACUGUAAACCGUAGCGGUCACUCUGACUCACAGAGAACCGCUGUUUCUGUGGAGAAACGCGUCUCACGUGUUUUGAGGCCGUUUCAAAUAAAAUGUCAGAGGGAUUAUAACUGGGGACAAGUUUGGAGACGCAAAGCGUGUUGCAGGCGCCAUGGACUCCAAACGGCAGAGCGUGGUGAUGGAGCGCCUCGUGAAUGAGCUCAACUCUCUGCUGAAAAUGCUGGACCAUGAGACGGUUAGCCCAGAUACUGCCGACAAGAUGGCCUCCGUACGCAAAAUCCUGGACUCGGUUCAGCUGUCAGUCAAUGGAUCGGACGUUUACAUGAACGGCACAAGCUUCGUCGAGUCUCUGUUUGAGGAUUUCGACUGUGAUUUGCACAUGCUUCGUGCAUCUCCAGAGGAGCAGAAAGAACCCAAAGACAAAGAGGAGAAUACACAGCCUAGUAAAUCAAUACCUACUGACACGCCACCACCUUUGCCAGCAACACCCCUUCCUGAUGACUACUAUGAAGAAGCGGUUCCUCUUGAUCCUGGAUCCUCCCCUCAGUAUUUUACCACAAAUUCCAGGAACUCUGUUGAAGAUAUCUACUAUGAAGAUGCUGAUAACAACUACCCCACCACCAGGAUUAAUGGACCCUCUAAAACCUCCAACAAUGACUCAGAUGCGCUGAGCAGCUCCUACGAGUCUUAUGAGGAAGAGGAGGAGGAGGCUAAGGGACGUCGCUCUUCUCAGAGGUGGACGGCUGAGGGAAGCCCCGAUGGACCGGUCAGGGACUGCCGCAUAUGUGCCUUCCUGAUGCGAAAGAAGCGCUUUGGCCAGUGGACAAAGCAGCUAGUAGUUGUCAGAGACAAUAAACUGCAGUGCUACAAAAGCAUAAAGGAGACAUCUCCUAACACAGAGCUCCCCCUGAACCUCUGCAACGUCAUCUACGUCCCAAAGGAGGGUCGUAAAAAGAGGCACGAGCUGCGCUUCUCCUUACCUGGAGGUGAAGCUCUCGUCCUCGCCGUUCAGAGUAAAGAGCAGGCCGAGCGGUGGCUCAAGGUGGUCCAUGACGUUGGCAGCCAGUUUAACAACACAGAAGGACCGAAUGGCUCAACAUCUCCUAUAAUACAGAGGAAGCUGGAGCUUGACAAAGUGCUGCAGUCCGAUAGACAAACAUCCGACUCGGACAGCGGUCCAGUAGGAGACAGUCAGUCCAGCGCUCAUGGACCAGGACGAGACUUCAGCGACUCACUCAGCAGGGGGAAGCGGGGCGCCUUCUCAGACCUGACUGGGUCGAUGAGCCGAGCGGCGGGAAAGAAAAUCAAUCGGAUCAUCACCUUCUCCAAAAAGAAGCCUCCGUUACCCGGAGACCCUUCCUCAUCCUCUGGCCACCAUGACAACCCCCGCUGUGGUUAUCUCAGCGUGUGUCUCAGUGGCUCCUGGAAGGAGCGCUGGUGUGUUCUCCGAGGUGGAAACCUUUACUUGCAAAAGGACCCCGGAGACCAGCGGCCUCCGGUUAUUGUGGUCCCCCUCAAGGGGGCGGAGGUGGUUCCAGGGGGCCUGGGACCCAAACAUCCUUUCUCGUUUCAUAUCGUGCAAGGGGGCAAUGAGCUGGUAGCUUUGGAGGCUAGCUCCUCUGAGGAUCUUGGCCGCUGGCUGGGGGUUUUGUUUGCGGAGACCGGCAGCGCCACGCUCCCUGAAGAGCUGCACUACGACUACAUCGACGUGGACACACUCACCGACAUACGGCAUGCUGCCAGGCACUCCUUCUUGUGGGCUACUACCACUGCUACUUCCUCCAGCAGUGCAUCGAUAGAUUCCCGGACUUAUGAUGAAGUCUAUGAAAGCAUCGAGGAUGAGGAUGUAGAGAGCAAAGGAGGUCAGGUGAGACGUCAUGCCUCCUUCUCCAGCAGGGACUCUGAAAAAACCGAACAACAGGCUGCCAUCAAGAGGCACGCCUCCAACGUGAAUCAGUACGGGCGCUACGGGAAGAUGCGGGCAGAGGAAGACGCCAGGCGGUACCUGAGACAGAAAGAGGAGCUGGAGAAGCAAAAGGAGGAGCUCAGAAAUGCUCUGAUCUCCCUCCGUAAGGAAAAGAAGGAGGUGAAGGAGCAAAUGAAGAGUGACACAGGUGAUGCUAUGGAAAAGCGGUUAGCUAAGCUAGAGACACAGUGCAAAGAGAAGGAGGAGCAGAGGGUGGAGCUGGAGCUCCAACUGACUGAAGUCAAAGAGAAUCUGAAGAAAUCCCUGGCCAGAGGAGCUCUGGGCCCACCUGUGGACACAAAGAUCAGCGUCAAGACUCCAGGAAAUAAGGUUGAAAAGGUUUACAACGAGACCGUUCCCGUCAACUCAGCAUCGGAGCUUCGCAAACGGCCCCCAUCGCUUUGCGCUUCCACCAAGGGGAACGUCAUGCAGAAAGCAAAGGAGUGGGAAUCAAAGAAGGGGACCUAGACUUUACACAAACCGAUUAACGGGAGUCGUGAAGAGAAAGGAGAAACUAUCGUUUGUCUGGAAGGAGAAUGUGUACCAGAUGAAAGCAUGAGGAGACCACGAGAAGGCCGCGCAUCGACAAAGAUGAAGAGAAGGAAGGAAUGAAGAAGAUAAACUGAUUUUAUUUUUCUCCUUCAACGUAAAGGAAAUGCACAGACAGGCUGACGGCAACUCAGCUACUGCAAAUGUGACUGACUUUACAGAUUAGACCAGCAAAGUAUUAAUGUGAUCACUCUAACCGUGAGCUACGCCUUGUGUUCAUGUUUGUCGCACAGAAAGUGAACGUGUAGCUGUUGAACAGAAAUACAAAGUAAAGGGAGAGAAGUGUGAUUUUUACUGUAGCUUAAGAGAUACAGGCUAGACUUCCUACAUAAAUAUAUUGUUGUUGUUUUUUUACACAAAACAUAUCAAUGAAUAUUAAAAAUGCAAAACCAAAACUUCCUAAAUUAUCAUUGUCUUUGGGAGAAGGCUCUCCUAUGUUGAUGUUUAAAAAAUUAAUCCUAAUUAGUGUCACACUGUACCUGAAAAUAAACUGUUUAUUAUUGUAAUGUUAAAUGAUUACCUUUAAAAUUGUAUGUUUUUAUAGAUAUAUUCAACUUUUGCACUUUAUGCUGUAUUUGUAAUUAUCUUAAUGUUUUCAGUUAUGCAUCUUCCUUGUAGCCAAACUAUUUGAAGAAAGAUAAUGCAAUGUCUGCCCUUUAUGAUCAAUGCACAGAUGUGAACAAAACUCACAUUUUGGAGUAAAAAUUUCAAGAGACCCUUAUAUUCAUUUUUUUUAUUGUGAUUUUAUUUUUGUUUUGUUUUUUUGUAAGAGUUCUGUCUCUUAAGCUUCUCUACUUUGGGGUGAUAAGUUAUAAACAGGAAACCCAGACUUAAGUUAAACUGUUUACCUACAAGCACCAUCUAGUGGCAAAAUCAAAACAGAGCAGGUGUUGGAAACUCAUUUGUAAAUAUUGUGUAGAAUAAAUCUCAUACAGACAAUA